ACUGGUGGAUCUGAGACGAGAGAGCGAGAGAGAGGCAGAAACAGAGAGCGAGAGAGAGGGAGAGAAAGAGAGAGAGAGAGGGGAGAGCAGUGUCUGUCACCAGGAAAACUCCUAACGUUGUAUCACUGGGAGACCUGCGAGCAGAUGUGGCGGUGGAGUGAUGCAGAGGCUGGAUGCAGAGGCGAAUCACCAGACACUGCACUAAACAGUACACAUAUCUUUGGCCCGUGCACUUGCGUUUUCAUGCGACCAGCAGAAAGUAGAGGCUUGCUGCUACCGAAAAGAUGGCGGGCCUGAGAAACCGCUCUACAUGGGAGCCAUUGCUACUCAAGGCCUCCUGCAUCAAGUCCUGUGCCAACGGCUGCUCCAUGGGCAUCACAGCGCGCCUUACUUAUGCCAACGCUGACACAGAGUCUGUGGAGGGUGUGUUUGUGUACCCUCUCGGAGAGAAGGAGGUUGUGGUGGACUUUGAAGCUGUGAUUGCUGGCCGCUUGGUCGGGGUCCAGAUCCAGAACCGAGGGAAGCUGAAGGAUUGCUGUCUGGAUUGUUGCCCUGGUUCUGGUCUUGAAGGCCACUGUGGGAACGGCCAGGAGUGGGGCUGCUGUGGCAGCUCAGGCCUAGACAUGCAAUGCACCAACGGACAUCUCAUCCUGGAUGAGGACCUGGAAAGAACCACCUUCAUUGUAGGCACAGGGCUCAUUGGCCCCAUGGAUAUAGUGUCUAUCAUCAUAAGCACCACCUUAGAACUCCCCACGUUAGAAAAUGGAGCAAUCCGCAUCGUCUACCCCACACUUCUUACACCGAUUGUGAGAGGCCAGAUGACUCCAAGCAAGAGUGAAAAUGGGGGCAAAGCAGACGAAACUGGAGCAACCAGCUGUUUUGGUGCCACCUCAGGAAAACAGGAUCGGGCCUCGGACUCUGAGCAGCGGUGUGCCCACGCCAUGUUCACCAGUCCAGCUGCCAACCUGGCACCGUAUGAGCUCAACUUCCAGCUGCUGGUCAGAGGGGCCUGUCUGCUGGCUGGACUGGAGAGCCCCACUCACGCUCUGAGGGCAGAUGCGGAUCCUAGUGCCCAAAGCGCCUCCGCCACCUACAUCACUUUGGCACAGGAGCAUCUGUACGACAGACACAUAGAGAUCAUUUUGCACCUCAGCGAACCCCACAGCCCACUGGUCAUCCUAGAGAGGGGCAGACUCUCUUUCACCCAGUAUGAACAGCAAAUCUUUUCCCGCCGUGAUUUCAUCCGCUGCACACGCAAAGAUUCAGAUCCAGAGAGGAAGCUGGAGUUUGUGAGGAAGCGAUACCACAAGGAUAUCCUGAGCAGCCCCGUCUUGAUGCUCAACUUCUGUCCGGACCUGCUGUCUGAACCUCUGGAGGUGCACAAAGCCACCAGAGAGCUGCUGUUCCUCGUCGAUCGCAGCGGCAGCAUGAGUGGCACCAACAUCCAACGCGUGAAGGAAGCCAUGGUGGUGGCCUUGAAGAGUCUACCUUCUGGCACUAUGCUCAACAUCGUUGGCUUUGGUACCACCAUUAAGCCCCUGUUCACCUCCAGCAAACUCUGCACUGAUGUGACGCUAAUGCAGGCCUACGAGUACGUCCAGAGGAUGAGAGCCGACAUGCGUGGCACCAACCUGCUGGGGGCGCUGUCCUGGCUCUACCAACAGCCCAUGCAGCGCUCGUACCCUCGGCAGGUCUUCAUCGUCACAGAUGGGUCCAUCAGCAACGUGGCUAAAGUGUUGGAGCUGGUGCGCAGGAACACAUGCGCCGGCAGAUGCUUUGGUCUGGGCCUUGGUCCCCGAGCCUGCAGGAGACUCCUGCAGGGCGUUGCCAGGCUGACAGGAGGGACCACUGAGUUCUUGGAUGAUGAGGAGAGACUCCAGCCCAAGUUGAUCAAGUCUCUGAAAAAAGCCUUUGAACCUGUGCUGACUGACGUUCGCAUCGACUGGUAUCUGCCAGAAAACAUGGAGGCUCUUCUUUCACCCAAUGAAAUCCCUCCGCUCUACCCCGGGAACUGCCUCAUUGGAUACUGCACUCUGUACGACAUGACAAAUUUCAAAACAAGGAAGAUAGAGUCUCAAGGACGGGGCUGUAAAGGUUUAAAUCGUGGCUCCAGCGGUUCUGUGUUUGGCCUAUCAAGUGAGGAGCUCUCUCCUCCUCCUGCCUCCGAGCUGAUGCCCAUGGUGGCAUGUGCAGAGGGCACCGACUUGGAGGAGGCCCUGCGGGAAAUUUCAAGAGAAAUAUCUUCUGAGUUCUCCUGUGCCAGAGACACAGAUCCUGGUAUCAGUCCAGGUGUGGAGCUGGACUGGUCCAGUGAUGUGAGGAGGAGGAUCCAGCAAAGCUCGUACAUUAAGGAGCAGUACGUCCUCACUCGCUGCUCCCUCAGCAGUGAGCGAAGUCUGCAAACUCAGUCCCAUACACACAUACACGGCUCAAACUCGGACUCUGCAGGCGGGUCCUUUCUCACUGACCCUCACUCCUCUGAUCCAGUGCUGGAUACGGGGUCUCUGCCCCAAGGCCUCGAGAAGAUGCCGCCUCCAGAACAGAGGUCGUCCUUGUCUCGCUGGGCAGAUCCAUCGUGGCAGCAAAACCUUUCGGCUGAAACCUCAGAGAACGGGUCCAAAAAGAACGGUCAUCUGGAAGGAGGCGAGGAGUCUCGAAGAAGACAGAAAGCACUCGCCCGUUCGACCAUGGCUGCACGGAGCUUCUCGUCCCCCCAGGGUGAACUCGAGAUGCAUCGGCUGAGGAGGGCUCUGGAGAGGGUCUCCUUUGACCAGACGCUCGGAGGGAGGCUGGACGAAAGCGACGGGGAGACGAAGCCCCCGUCCCACAGAAGCCUUACUGACUCCAACGGACUCUUGUUCCCUGCGUCGCCUCUGGACUGGGACAGCUUCACAGACCCGGAGUACCUCUUCACCGCUCUGCCGCCAGACAAUCCUCCUCCAGGUCAGUGCCGCUCCCUCAUCCACGGCCUGCUGAGCGGCAGGCCCGUGUCCUGGGAGGUCACUGUGGACCUGGGGCACCUCUGGACCCCCGAGAGCCUGGAGGUCGGAGGGGACGAGGGAUUUGCUGGAGGAGGAGGAGGGGGGGAAGAAGGCAAAGGAGGGAAACCGUGGGAGGAAAUAAUUCACCAACUGACUGCCCGCUCAGUCAUAAGAGACUUUGAGAAAAUGGCAGAGAAGGAGAGUGACACUGGACAUGGUCCGGCUAAGCGUCACCGUAUGAAAGCUGUCCAGACAAGUAAGCACUGCAACAUUGUCUGCAUGUACACAGCCUUCACCACCACUGAUAACAACCCCAACAAAGGCUUGACCGAGAGCUCGGACGUCCAGAACACAGGGAUGCACCUGGGGAGCAGGCAGACGUCUCAGUCCAGCAGUCGUAGGCAGAGGACUUACUCUGUCGGUCUGGGGAGACGGCGCACCAGCAGAGACAGCGAAGAGGCGGAGGACACCUGGAACUCCACAGACAGAGAUGACACCCCCGCCUCACCCUGUAGCGUUACUUCCUGGGACUCUAAUGUUGGAGGCAGUGCCUACUGUGCCACAACUCCUGGGAUGGCCGGCACCCCCUGCACCCGCUCACAGCGAUCGAUUGAGAGCAAAUCGAUGGAGAGCUUCUUUGGCACCAGGUUCCCGCUGGUCAGACUCAGGUCCUCCAUUUCAUCAGGGAAGCAGGUUCCUCUCAAGUCCAGCUGUUUAUCUGCAGAGACCGAGAAACAACCUGAAAGCGAAGGUCCGGACUACGUGCCUCUGGUGCGUCUGCAGCUGGCGUCGGGCGCUUUCCUGCUGACGGAGAUCUACUCCGACUGCGUCCAGAUCCCCCUGGACCGCCUUAAACGAGCGUCGCCGUACAGCCUCCACCGCCGCAGCCUCAGCCCGGCCUUCCGCUGCACGUCCCCCAGCGCUCCGUCUCUAUCCACCGCCGCCAAGCCUCCCGGCGCUCCCGCCGGUCACCACGUCACCUUCUCCCCUUCUUCCUGCUCCCUUGUCAAGCCGGCCACCCCUCCUUUCCACCACACGCCAGACGACACUCCUCUGAUACUGGAGUCGCGGGUUCGUCGGAGACACCUGUCCGACCGAGACCCCGCCGUGACCUCCCCUCCCGACCUCCCCAGCUCUGAAGAGGGCUCCUUGGAGCUAUCGGUCGGCCCCUCUCAGAGCCACGGCCAGGCGGACAGCGGUCGCGGAUCGGAGACGGACAUAUGUGAAGGCUCCUCAGUGGAGCCGGCUGACCUCCAGGGGAGCAGCCAGUUGGCCCAGGAGGAUCUCGAGGGCUCGAGCUGGGCCACAGCUGUGGCUCUGGCUUGGCUGGAGCACCGGUGCGCCGGCUACUUCAUGGAGUGGGAGCUCGUGGCGGCGAAAGCGGACUUUUGGCUGCGCUGCCAGGAGCUGCCGGAGGGGGUGGACCUGGCAGGGCUCAAGGGAGCAGCCAGACAGCUGUUCCUGCUGCUGCGCCACUGGGACGAGAACAUCAAGCUCAACAUGCUGUGUUACAACCCCAACAAUAUGUGAGACAAUCA